AAANCAAAAAAAAAAACAAAAGAAUAAUGUUGCUAUCUUCAAGCCCUUUUUUAGUUUUAAUUUUGUUCAAUAUUCUGUCUGUGAGUUCUUUGAACGAUGAGGGAAAAGCUCUGUUAAGAUUCAAGAGCUCCAUUAAUGAAGACCCAGUUGGGUCACUCAGCGACUGGAACGUUUCAGAUGAAACCCCUUGUGAUUGGAAUGGGAUUACAUGCAAACAGCAAAAAGUGGUCUCAAUCAGCAUCCCCAACAACAAAAUGAAUGGGUUUCUAUCUCCUUCACUUGGAUCUUUAUCUCAGCUCAGGCAUGUGAAUUUAAGGAGCAAUAGGUUGUAUGGGGUUUUGCCUCCAGAGCUUUUUAAGCUGCAGGAUUUGCAAAGUUUGGUGCUUUAUGGGAAUUUACUAUCUGGGCAUGUGCCAUCUGAUCUUGGGAAUCUUCAAUUCCUGCAAACUCUAGAUUUAUCGCAUAAUUUACUCAAUGGGUCUCUGCCCACAUCGUUAAUUCAGUGCAAAAGGCUUAGGAAUCUUGAUUUGAGCCAUAAUAGUCUUAGUGGGCCUUUGCCUGAUGAUUUUGGUAAAGAUUUUGGUUCGUUAGAAAAGCUAGAUCUUUCACACAAUGAGAUUAGUGGUUCUAUUCCAGAUGGCUUGGGUAGUCUGUCUAGUUUGCAAGGAACUCUUGAUCUAUCUCAUAAUAUGUUCAACGGUUCAAUCCCGGCUAAUCUCGGUAAUCUUCCUGUCCAAGUUUAUAUCGAUCUCACUUACAAUAAAUUAAGCGGGCCCAUUCCCCAAAAUGGCGCUCUUAUAAAUCGAGGGCCCACCGCCUUUAUUGGGAAUGCCGAUCUCUGUGGCCCUCCAUUGAAGAAGUUAUGUUCUUCCAGUAGCCAGUCGAGCUUUAGUCCUCUUUUGCCUUACUUGCCCAAAGAUUCCCCUCCCGAAGGCAGAACAAAUGCCAGCGGGCACCGAAUGAGUAAAUCCACUAUAACUGUUAUUAUAGUUUGUGAUCUGGUCGGGAUUUGCAUUAUCGGUUUGCUUUUUUCCUACUGCUAUUCGAGAAUUUGCUUUUUCAAAAGAAGAAAACACGAAAACGCUUAUGGUUAUGAGAAUAAGGGUAAAGGCAAGAGGAAAGAGUGUCCAUGUUUCAGAAGUGACGAUUCGGGGCCGUUAUCGGAAAAUGCCGAGUAUUUUGAUCUAGUGCCGUUAGAUGGACAGGUGGCAUUUGAUCUAGACGAGCUCCUGAAAGCGUCUGCAUUUGUUCUUGGUAAAAGCGGAAUAGGGAUUUUGUACAAGGUUGUCCUCGAGGACGGGCAGACCUUGGCAGUUAGAAGAUUGGGAGAAGGAGGUUCGCAAAGGUUUAAGGAGUUUCAGGCCGAAGUAGAAGCCAUUGGGAAGGUUAGGCAUAGGAAUAUUGUGAGUCUCAGAGCUUAUUAUUGGUCGGUGGAGGAGAAGCUGCUCAUAUAUGAGUUCGUGCCGAAUUGCAAUCUUGCUACCGCCAUCCAUGGAAAACCGGGCCUCGUCACAUUCAACCCUCUCCCAUGGGACGCUCGUCUCAAGAUCAUGCGAGGCAUCGCCCGAGGCCUCGCCUUCAUCCACGACUACAGCCCCAAAAAAUACGUCCACGGCAACCUCAGCCCAUCCAACAUCCUCCUCAGGCCCGAUCUCGAGCCCGUCAUCUCUGACUUCGGCCUGGCCCGUCUCGCCACCAUCACCGGGCCCACAAGUGGCUCACCCACAAACCUCUCGGGCCGCACUGCAUCAACUUUCGAAACAGCCCAAUCCAUUGAGCCGGGCCACAUGCUCUCCUCUUCGGGCUCGUUUGGCUCGUCCUACCUGGCGCCAGAGGCCCCACAGGCCGCGAAGCCUUCUCAGAAAUGGGACGUUUACUCGUUUGGGCUUAUUUUGCUCGAGAUGCUGACGGGAAGGCUGCCUGUGGUGCAGGUUUCGGGCUCGGAGAUGGAACUUGUUAGGUGGAUUGAGUUGUGUGUUGAGGAGAGGAGGCCCGUUUCGGAGGUUUUGGAUGCGGGCCUUGCGGCCCGAGAAGAGGAGGGGAGAGAAGGGGAGAUGAUGGGGGUUUUGAAGAUCGCGAUGGCGUGCGUGCAGGUCGGGCCCGAGAGGAGGCCCAUUAUGAGGCACGUGCGUGACGCGCUCGACAGAGUACGAAUGUUGUACGAGUGAGAGUUUUUUGAAAUUUGGAUGAUUUUUUUUUUUUAAAUGUAAAGGAACUAAAGAGUGAAGAUAGUUAAGGUGGNAAGAAGGUUUUGAUGUGUAGGUUUUGUGUUAUUAAUUUGUUUUGUUUUCUGAGGAGCUUUUGUCUCUGUAAAUGU